UCGUAUGCAGUUGUAGUUCGACUAUUGUACCGUACUGACGACGACGGUGACCCACGCGCGCUAUUUUGCAGGCCCUGCUGGAAAUCCUUUGGAGCGAAUCAGUGAGUGAGCCUUUGGUGUGUUUUCGCCUCCCAUCCAUCCGCUGGAGUUGGCAUUGUGUCGCGCGUUUUGCCGUUUUCCCCUUUGUUUUGCUUUCCGCUUUUUAACGUGCGACGCGGUCGGUUAGCUAGGAGGAAGGCGGGUAUGGAAAACACCUAUUGAAUCGAGAACAACCGGAAGUUCUGAGACACUAUCGAGUGCAUACACUGUGGUGCUUGUCAAGAGCGCUCGCGUAUUUGUGUCCGCGUGUGUAUUCAACAGUGCUAGGGAAUUACUAACUCCCGCGGAAAGCAACGGCGACAACGUCGUCACGACAUUUAUUAUAGAUUUUAAAAAUAACUGACAGUCCCGCGAACCAGAGCGCAGAAGGCGUUCUUUUUUAUUACGUGAAAAUCUGUCUAGGCAGAGUGAAAAUCACAAGGCGUCCUGUAGAAGAGCAAAACUCGAGCUGCUUUGCACGGAGAAGAGGAAUUCGAACCGGAUAACGCGUAUGUGUGUGUUUAUGUGGCUUUUGUGGUAAAUUAUUUGCUCCGAAAGUGUGUAGUUGAUGAACGCAUGAAAUUUUUACGAACAACGAACAAACAUACGCACGGAAAAUAGCGGCAGUGAAACAAUUGAAGAACAAACAAAGUGAAGCAAAAAAAUAAGCAAACACCGAAAAGGCAUACCAGCGUAAAGCAGUAGUGAGAUAUGGCAAGGCAAUAAGGCAAUCAUUGAUAAAUGAUAAAAAGCUGCAAAUUAAAACAACAGCAGCGAGGUUGAUUACAGUGAGGUAGCAAUUUCGGGGUCUAUAGGAAGACGUGGUGUGAUACACAUUUAUGUGAUUUUUAUUGCAUUACCCGCUGAAGCAGUAAUUUCCGAAAGCAACGCGUACCCAGUUCCAAAGACAAAAGAGAAAAGAAAAACAGGUUCAAACGCCUUGCCAGAAUAGCACGACGAAAAAGGAAAACAUUUUCCUCAUCCUCGGUUCCGACGGGUGGCUUUCCCGUAAUAAUUGUUGUGAAGUAGUGAAGGAAAUAUUGCACGGUUCCGAGCCAAAUUGUUCGAAUAGGUAAAGCAAAGUCGAAAAAAUCGGAUGCAAUAUUCAACGCAUUAAUUAGACCUUCCUCGAAGUGGCUCCUGAAUCUGGGCCUCUCUCUUCCUCCUCAAAAAAGCCUCCACCGGAGCAAAAACGACAACAACAAAAGCAGCAGCAGCGCUUUUUCAUUUGGGGAUAAUUAUAUUCAAAUUUUGAUUUUCGAUACUCUGGUAAAUCGGAAAGGCAGAUCAAUAGUUUGAACCCACGGAGGAAAUAGUAAAAGUAAGAAAACAAAAAAAAAGUGCUUGGAAAGUGCAAUCUCGGGUCUCGGGCUAAACAUCGCCAAGGUAGUGGCUAGCUGGAAUUUCACAGACUUUGAACAGUAUUUACACGGCCGAAAAAAGAAACCGGUCAGGUCAAGUGAAGAAGCAGCAACAAGAGGCAGAACGCAGGAAAGUUUCGCUGAAGCCCCCCCCCCCCACCGGUAGAUUAAAGCCAGUGCAAUUUAAACGGAUCUCAUCAAAUGUGUUUUAUUAACCAAAGUACACAAUAAAAUAUCAACAGUAAACACACCUACAAUCACUUGAAAAAAAAACUAAUUCAAACCAACCAUCAAUAACCCUCCCCAGUGAGUGAGAAACGCAGUUCAAGUCCCAAAUGCAAAGCCAAAGAAAGAAAUUCAAUCUGUGAUUUUUGUUCAUUUUGUGUUAAUAAAGAAAAAUUGUUUUGUGCGCAUCGCUUUUUGAGUGCUGCCAAGCGGUGCAGCGAGAAUUUCGACCAACAACUGCCAACUGUCAGCGAAAAAUUAGUAGUCGCAGAAAAGGAAAAUCAAGCAAAGAAAAAAAAACUUUAACAAAGUACCCGUAGGGCAAUUAAACACAAAUAGCAAAACAACCGCGCGGUGAAGUAGCGCAAGUCAAACAGAAGCAACCAAGAAAAAAAAUGUUAAUGCAAGUGUCUCAGGACGCGGCCGAUGCGCUCGCGCUCGUACCGUCGGCAGCGACGGCCACGACUGGUGUUCAGCAGAAGGACACAACCUGGACGAAACUAUUCGUCGGCGGCCUGCCGUAUCACACUACGGACAAAAGCCUGCGGGAACACUUUUCCGUGUACGGCGACAUCGAGGAAGCCGUCGUGAUAACGGACCGAACGACGAACAAAAGCCGGGGUUACGGAUUCGUCAUCAUGGGAGACAGAAUGAGUGCCGAGCGGGCGUGCAAAGAACCAAAUCCGAUCAUCGACGGCCGGAAAGCGAACGUCAAUUUGGCCAUACUGGGCGCGAAACCACGAGGCAACAUCACACCCGGAUUCCCCUUCACAGCGGCAGGCCUAAGGACAGGAUAUCCCAUGCUACCGAGCCAGUUCGGAGUUCCACCGUCGUACAUCUAUGGAGCACCAUAUUUCGGCAGCACCACAGCCGCGGGAACAACUGGAGCGGCGGCCGCAUCCGGAUUAGUGCAGAUACCAGCCACUCAGCUGUCGCAUGCCGCUGCGAUCGCUGCUGCUACCAGUCAAUUCUAUGAAUAUCAGAAUGCUGUUGCUGCAGCCGCUGCUGCACCCUAUCCGGGCCAGUACAGUGGGUUCGAAGCGUAUCCGUACGCCGCUGCUGCCGGCGCUACAGCUGGAGCUGCUGCUGCGGCCGCUCAGUACAUGGCGGCACCGUACACGUAUGCCACUCUGCCACAAGCGGGAGCCGCAGCCGCCGGUGGAUUUCCCGGACUGUCGCCAUAUCAGAAUGCGGCCAACGCUGCGGCCGCUUCCGCCCUGCAGGAGGCUCGACUUCAAUAAUAUUUACCCAAGGCAUCCUCUGCGGUGUCGCUAUUGACAUUGCUUGGGGGCGUUGAUAAAAUCUAGACCAUCGCAAGCACACUCUAGCGGUGGUAGUGAUCAAGCUGGAAACGUCACCCGAACGCAUUGGCGCAGCAAAUAGCAGACAGAGAGACAGAGAGCGGCAGCAGCUAGUUUAGCUAGGCAGUUCUUUUUAAAAAUAGAUAUUAUGUAGUACUUAUGCAAAUAGUAGUUCUUAAGUAAUCAAUUAUUUACCUAUCGAAAGAUUAUUAUUAUUAUUCUAAUUAAUAUUGAAAUCAUGAAUUAACCUAUUUAUUGUAAACUAGUUUUAUACGGCCGGAACUUAUUAUUUACCAAGUAAUAAAAAUAAAAACAAAGCUCAACUCUAAGACAUAUGAAUCUAAAGAUUAACCAUCCUUCGAUUAUUAUCAUUACUAUUAUUAUUAUUAUCCUUAAAACUUAGUUGUAAAUUAUUCUACUGAACACGAUUGUAAUGCAGCUAUCUUCUGCAUACAAACAUAUUUUUAAAUGAAAUGCUUAAUAUCAAUCAACAUGAGAACCCAAAAUACAAAAGCAAUACAUUUCAACUGACAUCAACUGACCCAACACGGAACCAAAACUAUCAGAAUGGUACAUUUACUUAAUCAAAUCAUUUGCCUACAAAACAAACGCUGCAGUCUAUGCUUUGUACUAAAUGCAUGCAUGUAUAAAAAAUAUUUUGCCAGGCAGUUAGUGAUCCAACGGAAAACCUUUCAUAUAUUAGAAAAUUUAUUUUGUUUUCUAUCGCUGAAUACACCGUUGGCUGAGGAAAUGAACAUAAUAACCUAUUUCUUUCAUUAUUAAAUAACCAUUAGUGAUAUUUAUCAAUUAUAAAGUCUACUAUUAACAUAAUAAAAUUAACUAUUUAUACAAUGACAGAAAGAAGAGAAGAAAAAAAUACUUCAAAUGAAAAAAUGAAAUAAGCAACAACAAAAACCACGACUUAUUUUGUUAACUACUGGGAAACAUCAAACUCUCUCUCAAACCUAUAAAAAACCCCAAAAAAAACGUCAGAUUAAAAUACAAAGAGGAUUUCAACGCAAAUCGUCUGUGGAGUUGGUUGUUUAGGAAACUUUUUAAACAUGAAACCUUCCUAAAAAAUUAGACGUCUAUUUGACAAGGGCCACCGUCUUUUGGAUUAACAAAAAUUUGGUCAAACAAUGAAAUGUGGCAAUUUGUUUGAAUUGUCAUAUAUAUAUAGUGAGGUAAACUUGGCCCGUUUUCGAGAAGACUUCUAAUGUUGCCAAUGACUGGGUGAAUUAGCGUGAAAUCCCUCGCGAGCAUUCAAUCUAUCAUCUCUGUAGCUCAUGUUUUCCGAAGCGCGUCAUCGUGAUCGUAUUUAAUUUUUUUUUUAAAUAAGUUCUUUUCUAGUGAAACAAACCGUCACCAACAAGUUCUUUUUUGUUGAAUAAUUGCUAGCGAAACACGAAGAAGAAAAGGCGAAAACACAAGAUGAAUCGAAAUCUAGUCAAAUGUUUUGUGUGUGGAUUAUUUAUUUUGUUAAUAGAUCAUAUUUAGUGCAAGUCAAGUAAACCAGCGCAAUCACUGAAGAAGAAAAGACCCAUCCCCCAGUUUGUUUUCCAUUUUGUCGUUAUUCAGAACAUGAUUUCAUUUUGAUUUCAUCCUAGGUUACCUCCUCCAAGCGCCGAUUUCUGAUUUGAUCUUUCUAAUCGAGAAAAAGAGACUUUUUCAGAACCAUAAUCAUACACACAGAAUUAUAACCUCAAAUAGCUUAACAAAAAAAAAAGUACAGCAAAUAAGCAGCAGGUACAAGAUAGAUUAUCGCCCAACCGAUAGACUCGACCCAAGCAAAAACAAAAAAAAAACCGGCGAACGAAAUAAGUAGUGAAGCUAAUAAAAUCUUAUCAAAAAUUGUGCCUUUUCGUGCUGAAAUUUGAGCGGAAAAAAUUACACCGAAGGAAAUAGCAUAACGGCUCCUACGUGGCACCUCCCGUAUUGAAUAGCAUUUUAUCAUGGAGAAGGAGUUGAGUAAAUAAAAACGAAGCGCACCACCAAAUUUUGACAAUAUAGAGUUAAACGAUACAAACAUUAACAAAAAAAAAAAGAAACGUAAAGGUAGAGUAAUCUCCGUAGCGAAUCUUUUAACAGAAAGACGUAUUUUAACAAACCUUUUUAGAAGUAAACGAGGUAGAACACACGAUUUUUUGGUUUAAAAAACAAAAAAAUAAGCUAGAAGAAGCUACUCCAACAGUUAUUGCAAAACUCAAAUACUGAAAAAGUCCUCUUGGCAGUAGAUUGUCGCAGAAAGACAAAGAAACCUAACACACCGAAGAACGCAGUAAAGAGUCCCAUCUGAACAUGGAAUAAACGUUAACAUCUUUUGAAUGAUAGAGAGAUAUAGGAAAAACCCACUCAAUCUUUUUUCGUUCGUUUCAAACAACUCGCUUUCUCGAAUCUCUUUUGGUCAACUGCAGCCAGCAUGCGCGCAGCAGUCGCGAAAAUCGUCGUUUUUGUUGAAAAUAUAUUUUCAAAUUUUCCCCCUAGUGGAAACAUU